AUGACGAAUGCAGCAGUGUCGAUAAAAACCGUCGACAGUCGCGAUCGUAUUUAUGUUAAGACGACAAGCUUGUGUGACGGAUGGAAAAUAUUACUCUCUUGUAGACCAUCUGCAUCAAGACGUCGCUUCGUCAAGGAGGAUCUUUGGAUUUUGAUUUGUUUGAAACCCACUGAAAUGACAAACGUUCGAAUGGGUUUCCACUUUUCCGUAUGGGUAACACGAAUAAUAACGAUAUUGAUGCUCACUCUCGCGUGCGUGUUAUACGCACCAGCUAUCGAAGAAUGCAGAUGA